GCAUUGAAGGUUAGGUUCAGGGAUCGAAUCACGAUCCUCCGAGGCAAUCAUGAAAGCAGGCAGAUCACACAAGUGUAUGGGUUUUAUGACGAAUGCCUUCGGAAAUACGGGAAUGCAAACGUUUGGAAAUACUUCACUGAUUUGUUCGAUUACCUUCCUCUUACAGCUCUGAUCAACUCGGAGAUCUUUUGCCUUCAUGGAGGUUUGUCGCCAUCCAUGGACACGCUGGACCAUAUCCGAGCCCUGGAUCGUAUACAAGAGGUCCCUCACGAAGGACCUAUGUGCGACCUGCUCUGGUCGGACCCGGACGACCGUUCUGGCUGGGGAAUAUCGCCUCGAGGGGCAGGCUACACGUUCGGUCAAGACAUCUCAGACCAAUUUAAUCACACGAAUGGCUUGAACCUCAUAUCACGAGCCCACCAGCUCGUAAUGGAGGGUUACAAUUGGUGUCAGGAUAAGAAUGUGGUCACGGUGUUUAGCGCUCCGAACUACUGUUAUCGGUGCGGAAAUAUGGCUGCGAUUAUGGAGAUUGACGAGUCGAUGGAGAGGACGUUUUUGCAGUUUGAACCAGCACCUCGCAGAGGUGAGCCGGAGGUCUCGCGACGCACUCCAGACUAUUUCCUGUAGGUGCAAUUCACAAGUACUUCUGGUUGAGAUUUGUGUUCCAGGGCAGAAUGAAUCCUCCUCUCUGCGCGAGGGCCUCGGAAAUGGCUGGCGGCUUGUUGCCGCUGCGGCGCUGGAUGGCAAAAGGGAACAAGUCGCGGCUUCCAGUUGCUUGCCGGAUCCCUGGGUUGUUCACGUCUCCCGCCGAGCAGCCAACAUACCAGGUGAUUAUCUUCUUCCCCGUCUUCGUUGAUCAGAGAAAGGGCAUGGAGCAUUAGCCGAGCCAUGUGACGUCCCUGCUUCCCUGUGCUCCUGAUGACCCGGUUCAGAUCUCGUUCUGGAUUGUCGCAGGUUGGGUCUGGGCUGCUCGAUGAGGAGACUGGUGCGGGUCCAGGCCCGGGACAUGCUGCGUUCGUCGUGACUGACGAGGUGUUUUCCAUGUAUGUACUGAACUGGUCCAGGUCCGGGCCCGGGACCGGGACCGGCCCAGACUGCCGCGUUCGUCGUGAACUGGGCGUAUGAGAGGGACUGUACUGGUUUUGACAGUGGGACAGCUCGCAAGUGAUGAUGAGAUGAAUUUUGAUGAUGCUCGCGCUGAUGCGGCUGCGGAUGAGGACAAGAACUAGGGCAGGGAUAAAGGCCGCCAACGUGUACUUAUCCUGGGAGUCCUAGAUGCACUGCAGAGUGCAAUCAUGUUUUGGCUGGAAAGAAGAGAAUGGCUUCUGAGUUGAGGCUGAAGCUUGGAGAAGACGGUGGACGGGGCUUUAAUGAUUGCUUUGUAUUUAUUUCUGUUUCUGUGCAACAAGUUUGAUGGGUAUGGGUGAGUUUGGGCUUCAGGUAUGUUUUUGCCCGGUGGAGUACAGCAUAUUGAGUGUAGGCAAGUUUUGCCCGAUAUGGUAGCUUUUACUCGGUACGCGGUUAAGUUUAUGCCAUGAGCUGCAUGAUGCCUAGUUGAGGUUAAUUUGCCCCAUUUGACGGCGACACAUGUAACUGCGGAUGAACAAAGGAUAAAGUCGACGUGUUCGUCCAAGGAGCUGCACUCAUUCAGCGAAUGCCAAAUAGAUCCGCACAUGCAUGCAGGUUCUGUUGACUGAAUCGAGGGGUUGGCGGGACACAGAGCUAGGGAGGAGGGGAAAACUUUCAAGGGUGGGCUUCCCCUCACCGUGAGGAUGAGAGAGAGAGAGAGAGAGAGAGAGAGAGAGAGAGAGAGAGAGAGAGAGAGAGAGAGAGAGAGAGAGGGAGAAAUUAUAGCAGGGGCCAGGAGAGAAGGGAAGCAAAAGGAGCAUUUGUUAAGCAAGAGAGGCAGAGAGAGAAUGGAGGAGUGGAUAUCGAGAGAGCGAAAGGCGGGAGGUGGUGCAGGAGACGAAGCGUGCACGGAGCGAUGGCAGGAGGUCAUGUCAGGUACGGUUGUUUCCAUGGCUUGGGACAUUGUUCCAGCCACUGCCAGUCCUUUGUUGUGUGGGUGUUUUCUUCGUUUCUGAGUUGUGCUCCCUACUAAAUGGAAUGGAUGGUUCUGAUCCGCCGGUGCCAGUCCUUUGUCGUUGGAUGGAUUGCAGAUAUGAUAUUGUAGUGGCCACGAAAACUGGCUUUGGGAUGUGAAACCUGAAAGGCGGAAAGGGGACAAAGCUGCAGCGCUCCCCUUCACUGGAGCUUGGGCGGAAUAAACAAAUGCCUUUGGAGCAG